ACUGGGCCAUUCAGUCCUGAGUUCCUGGAUCUUCUCACACUAGCCAUGAAUACCUCUUCUCAUUUCCUGGCUCCCCUCCUCCCAGGAUUCCUACAGAGUAAGAAUGGGACCAACCCAUUGGAUUUCCUCUACAACUUCUCUGAUGGCUGCCAGGAUUCAGUGGACCUGUUGGCCUUCAUCAUCACCACCUACAGCAUUGAGACCAUCCUGGGGGUCCUGGGAAACCUCUGCUUGAUAUACGUGACCACAAGGCAAAAGGAAAAGUCCAAUGUGACCAACCUACUCAUUGCUAACCUGGCUUUCUCUGACUUCCUCAUGUGCCUCAUAUGCCAGCCACUCACAGCCACUUACACCAUCAUGGACCACUGGAUCUUUGGUGAAGUCCUGUGUAAGAUGUUAACUUUCAUCCAGUGUAUGUCAGUGACAGUCUCCAUCCUCUCAUUGGUCCUUGUUGCCUUGGAGAGGCACCAGCUCAUUAUCCAUCCAACAGGCUGGAAGCCCAGCAUUUUCCAGGCCUACCUGGGGAUUGUGGUCAUCUGGCUCAUUUCUUGCUUCCUGUCCUUGCCCUUUCUGUCCAAUAGCAUCCUGAGUGACCUCUUCAACCACAAUCACUCUAAGGUGGUAGAGUUUCUGGAGGACAAGGUGGUCUGCAUUGUCUUCUGGUCCUCGGACCACCACCGUCUCAUCUACACCACCUUCCUGCUACUCUUUCAGUACUCUGGCCCUCUGGUCUUCAUCAUGAUCUGCUAUGUACGCAUCUACCAGCGCCUGCAGAGGCAGAGGCAUGCGUUCCACAAGGACACAAUCAGUUCACGAGGAGGGCAGAUGAAGCGGGUCAAUGGCAUGCUCAUGGCAAUGGUAGCUGCCUUUGCAGUGCUCUGGCUGCCCCUGCAUGUGUUUAACACCUUGGAGGACUGGUACCAGGAGGCCAUUCCUGCUUGCCAUGGCAACCUCAUCUUCUUGAUCUGUCACAUGCUUGCCAUGGCUUCCACCUGCGUCAACCCUUUCAUCUAUGGCUUUCUCAACAGCAACUUCAAGAAGGACAUCAAGGCUCUGGUGCUCACAUGCCAUUGCAGGUCACCCCGAGGGGAGUCUGAGCAUCUGCCCCUGUCCACCGUGCACACAGACCUUUCCAAAGGAUCUGUAAGGCUGGGUAGCAAGUCUAACUUCUCAUAGUCCUGUCUAAACUUUUCCCUACCAUGAUAGCAUCCUGUUAUUUUGGGCUUUGGGAGACCAGAUUGGCUGGCAAGAGACCUGAAACUUGAAGUUCAGAUGGUUUAGCCAUUUUCAUCUCGAAGAGUUUUGAGUUUGGGUCUUGCAGGUCGCACAGUGAACUUUACACUUGAGCUUCAGGGUUUUAGAGCCUGAGAUGGUGGACUCUAACAGCCACUCAGCACAGAUGCCUGUCCUAAAAACCUUCAUCCAUGGCCUGAGAAUUCAGCUAACUUGCCCUACGCAAUGUGCUAUGAUCUU